GUGAACAUGUCGCGGCAUAUUGUAAAUUUGACCUUGUCGGUUCGGUUGACCUGCUUGAUUAUUUUGUCGUAUUCAACGAGUCAACAUAAUGUCUGUCCCUCCCCCACCACCUCCUCCUCAGAUUAAAUCUACCAGGCCACCACCAAAACAGGCCUGCGACUCUUCGGGUCCGGCGUUUUUGGCUGAUAUUAGGGCCGGCCGAACUCUUAGAAAAGUUCCAGAUUCUGAAAAGAAGGAUAGGAGUGCUCCUCUUGGGUCGAAACCAACAGAUCAAAAUAAUGAAGACAGUUCUUCAGGUCCACCAGCACCUGCUAGUGGAAAUCUCCCACCUGUUGGUCUUUCAAAUAUUUUUGCAAAUGGUGUACCAAAAUUGAAAUCUGUUAGUUCGGCAGAUGUUGGGCGUAAUAAUACGGUGCAGAAUUUAUCCACAAAACCAUCUAGUUAUGGGCACGUGAAAAGUCCUGCACCUCCCCCUCCCCCUCCCUUAUCUCCGUCUACUGCAGCGUCUGUAGCUCAGAAUAACUACUCGUUGUCAACUACUCCUUAUACGCUUUAUCAACAUUCGGUUCCAACGGCAAAUAAUAAUGCUACAGCCGUUCGUAAUGGAUCAUCAGUACCAGCACCGGCAGCGGCUCCUCCGCCCCCAACUCCUGCCAGACCGUCGAUUUCAAAGAGCAAUUCUAAUUCUUCGUCUCACAAUAAUAAUAAUAAUAGUUAUCCUAGGUACAGUUUUUAUAAAAAACCAUCUGAAGAUAAUCAACCAACACCACCCGUUGUUCCAAGUUCACCUGUACAAGUUAUAAUGCUUUCUUCAAUACCAGCAUCAUCAACAUCGUCAGCAUCACCCUCAUCACAACCAACACGAGUAACUCCUCUUCAGUUAGGAAGUGCAGCUAAUGUACAUGAAAAUAACAUUAAUGUUAGUAAUAGUAAUAAUACUGUUAAUAAUCUGAAUGGUACUACUACUACUACUACUAUACCUCCACCUCCAUCUGGACGUUCUCCACGACGGAAACAAAGUAGUUCAAAUCGAUAUCAGCGCGCUGGUUCAACAAACUCAGAUGUAAAUGGUAUACCUGUUGGUCAAUCAACUAAAGUGAUACGUAUUUCAUCAAAUAUUAAUGGAAGCUUAACUGAUUUGCCAUGUGCACCAUCUUCUAAUGUAAAUCCAUAUUUACCUUCAUCUGUGUAUGAUAUGAACAAUUAUACAAUGAAUUCACGUGCACAUCCAACACCACCGCCUCCACCACCACCACUUCAACAACCAUCAUUAUCUUCAAUGGACAAUUACAAUUAUGAUAAUAAUAUCACUAGUCUUGUUCGUCAUUUUGAAAGUCGUUUUACUUUUCCUGAUAUUGGAAGUGUUCCUGUUCCAAAAUCAUAUCGUGGUCCUAAAACUUAUCGUGUUGGUAGUAUUAAUAGUAGUGUGAAUAACAGUAAUAACAUCAACGACAAUUACCGUAAUCAAGUGCCUUAUCGAGUGGCUCCUGCAGCACCAAGAAAUUACUAAAAACUCUUCUUUGACUUGAAUCAAUUUUUAUGUGGUUUUUUUAAAAUCUUUCAAAUCCGAUUGACAACAAAUAAAUGGCAAAAAUGUUUACCUGUAUUUGGUGUGUUCCCUUGCCGAUUUCAAUACUACUAAGAAUAGUAGUAUCUAUCUAUAUAUAUAUUGAUUCAUAAAAGAAAACUAUUCAUACACAUUAGAAAUUGUGAUUAUAUUCUAAUUUCCCUUGACUAACUUCUCUUUUUCUGUACUGUUCAUUUUAUUUUCUUAAUUGAGGUUGCUUUUUUGAGAGAGAGAGAGGGGGGUAGAGAGACAAAUUGUUUCUACCCUUCUGCUUUUUCUUUUACAAUACUACACUUUCCAUGCUUCAAAACAGCGUAUUGUACACAAGUACUACUGGCGUCCGUACAUAUAUGUAUAUGUGCGGUACAUCUUGUGUACUUUUAGUACCAGUAAUAAUAAUAAUAAUAAUAAUAGUAUUGGCAGUUUCAAUAGUAUCCCCUUUCCAUUUAUUUACUAAUCCUAUAUCUUCAUCAUUUAGUUCAAGUUGUAUCUGUCUGAGAAAAAACAAGCUAUAAACAGAAUAGUCUGUGAUCUAGAAGAGUAAUUCUUCACUUAUUCAAGUAUAUUCUCAUAUAUACACAUAUAUACGCCAUAUAUAAAUAGAUAGAUGUAUGUAAUGAUUGAUAUCACGGAAACGUCUUCCAUUCUAUCCCAUCAGAAACUUGUCAUAUAAUCUGUGUUUCAAUUGUUGUUGACUUGUUUUCAUUUUUUAUAAAAGACAUCUUGUUUUACACUUCUUAUUGCUAUCAUUAUUUUGUUACGUAAUAUGUAUUGUUUCAUGUAAUAUUCAUUGAGAAAACGGCACAAACGACUACCAGUGUUGUGUUCAUGAGGAUCAGUAUCCAGAAGACCACGACGAUUCAUAAGAAAUAAUAAUAAUAAUAUUUUCUUUCUUGUUUUUUAUGUCUUUUGUUUUUCGUUUUGGCUUUUAAAUUAGUUUUUUUGACAAAAAUUGCCAGCUUAGUUUAGUUUUGUUAUUGCAUUUAGUUUUCUUUUUUUUCUUGUGUGGGGAGAUGAAGUGUGGGUUAGGAUGUGAAGGAAAAUUGGAAGAAUUUACACUUGUGUUCUAUUCUGUUCCUUCGCCUCACACAUCAUUCCCAAGUUGUUUCACAUACUUGAAUGAUGAGUAUGCAUGGAAUGUUGUUUGAGUCUUUAGUUUUAUGGUGUAAAUUACAGAGAGAUCUUCAUUGAAAA